AUGUUUCGCCGAACCAUCCCCAGAGUCGUGACAACCACGCGGCUAUCUUACACACGGACCAGUCGUCAACGGCUACUGGCGCGGCAGCAUGUUUCCCUACUUCACCAAACGACGAGAUUUUAUGGCAAAGCCCCUGGAAGCAAGUACUCCUUCUCAGAGGAGCAGGCCAAUCUCGGAGGGCCCUCGACCCCUUUCAAACUCAGUACAGCCCUGGAACAAGACUACGACCAGGUGAAAAUCUUCUACCAAGGUACCACUGCAGCUCCGACCCUCGACGAGAGGAGAGGCUUUCAGAACGCCCUGGUAUGGGAGCUUGCGAGGCAUAUCGUGGCCAAGGAACUCGUUGUGUUUCCCGCAGUAGAAGAUGUUGUCGUUGUCGCAGGUGGCAAGGAACUAAUCGAAAAGGAACGUAAUGCGCAUAGAGAGAUCAAGGAGCUCCUGUCGGUCUUCCAAGACAUGAAGCCCGAUGAUGACCAGUUCAAGGCCAAACUCGAUCAAUUGUACAACAAAUUUUGGGACACCGUCAAGGAUAUCGAACAAGAAACACUUCAGAAGCUCGAAUCGACAAUAAGUCUUACCUCGUCCAAGGAGUUGUGUCUCAAGUACGCGCGGACGAAGAAUUUCGCGCCCACCCGAAGCCACCCAAACGCGCCCGACAAGUCACCGUUCUUCGAGACCGCCAGCGCGCUCUUCACUGCACCUCUUGACAAGCUGCGCGACAUUUUCAGGAGGUUCCCAAAGGAUGGCGAUGGGCCCGACGGCGGACACGAUGGGGACUCUAUGUCAGCGGGGCCAAAGGGCGCACCGUACGAGUUGCACAAGAAGACUCCGGAGCAGCGGUCAUGCCCGUGA